CGCUUCGCUGGUCACCCCCGCCCAGCCCACUGCCUCUGCCGCGCGUCGACGUCUCCGAUCCCCCCAGCGGCCCAGCCUUAUCCAUGCACGCGCGCUAGCCCGAACCCAAGCACCGCACCGCCGCUCCCAGCUGCCCCUGGCCGGCGGCCGUGCCCCGCUCGAUGUUACGCCACUCCUAGUCUAACCCGAGCUCCCUCCCCCAGCCAGCGUUCGGAGCCGAUGCCGCUCGCCGGCAUUGCCCUCGCGCCUCUCCUCGUAUCCCCUCUCGCGCCUCCCUCUCCCUGUGCCCGUGGCGGCGUUGCAGUCUCCGCAGAGCCCCGGGGAAGGCGCCGCGCGCUACGGCGGGUGCGGUGCUCGGCCGCAGCGGCGUCCGGCGGAGGCGGUGACGCCGGCGAGCUGUCACGCGCCACGCUGCUCUGGAGGGCCGCCAAGCUGCCCAUCUACUCCGUGGCGCUCGUGCCGCUCACCGUAGGGGCUGCUGCUGCUUACAACCACGCGGGGCUGUUCUUCGCCGGGCGCUACUUCGGCCUCUUGGCAGCUGCUGUCCUCGUGAUCACCUGGCUCAAUCUGAGCAAUGACGUUUACGAUUCAGAUACCGGUGCUGAUAAGAACAAGAAAGAAUCUGUCGUCAACAUUGUUGGCAGUCGAGCAGUGACACAGUAUGCAGCGAACCUUUCUCUUCUGCUCGGGUUUGGAGGGCUAUUUUGGGCCUUUGCUGAAGCAGGGGACGUCAGGUUCAUCGUGUUGGUGCUAUGUGCAAUCCUCUGCGGCUAUGUUUAUCAGUGCCCGCCGUUCCGAUUGAGUUAUCGUGGCCUAGGCGAACCAUUGUGUUUUGCUGCAUUUGGCCCAUUGGCUACAUCAGCUUUCUACUUCUCAAACAGCAGCAGAAGCAUUUCAAGCGGGACUGCGCUUCUCCCUAUCACCAAAACAGUCAUAGCUUCAUCGAUUCUUGUCGGGUUGACAACCACACUGAUACUCUUCUGCAGCCACUUUCACCAGAUCGACGGAGACAGGGCUGUCGGAAAGAUGUCUCCCCUGGUAAGAAUCGGCACCAAAACAGGCUCGACAGUAGUAACGCUUGCGAUCGGCGCCCUCUACGCUCUCUUGGCGGCUUUCGGCAUAAGCAGAUGCCUCCCGCCAUCCUGCAUUGUCCUUGGCGCCCUGACUCUCCCUCUGGGCAAAUGGGUCGUGGACUACGUGCAGAGAAACCAUGAUGAUGACGCCAAGAUCUUCAUGGCCAAGUAUUACUGCGUGCGGCUGCACGCCGUGCUCGGGAUGGCGCUGGCUUCCGGCCUGGCGCUGGCCAGGAACGGCAUGCUUGCCUGACAGACAGACAUACACACGGGCCACCAUUGACAGUCUUGACACUCUGGAGGCAACAGAUAUCAGAGAAACGCUUCCUUCUUAUUGCAGUUUAACAAAUGGAAUAAAGAAAACACAGACAGACACAGACACAGACACAUCUUUCACAGCUACUCUACUCCAGUAGAAAUUCAAUGGCAGUUGUCUAGCCGGAGGCGUCCGGAUUGGGCAAGCAGAGGUUCAGAGGCAGGCUCACAGCAGCAGGCUCUAGCUUGUACGUACAUACCACCAGUACAGUAUCCCGUGAUCAUCUAGGUAGACUCUUUUCUCCAUGCAAAGGGAGAGGUAGCUUGGCGUGCGCGUCCGUCCUCGCAGCUACUGCUAGGGUAGAUCGCCGUUUGCUUGGCCUCCAGCAGCAUAUGAAUUGAAUUGAAUUCUGAUGAGGCAGGACGGGACAAGUCAGUCACAACAUGCUCCGGCCCUCUCCUCUCCUCUACCGACGGACGGACUGCCAUUACUACAUUAUUAUUACUUCCCCUCUUUACCAACCGGCGGUGGCAGAGAGUGGUGGUAGCCCAGCUGCUCCUGGUACGGCGCGCAGGCCAACUUGUGUGCUGCCUUUCCCACCUUGCCAUCUACUCCUAUGUUUGUACUGUAUCAUUGGCUCCCGGAUCUUCAAAUCGCAGGCCUUGCAGUAGUAUCUAGUAUUACUGCUACUGAUAAUGCUGCUGUAUGUUCAUCUCACUGCCCAAAUCAAAGUGAGAAUCACGGAUUCAUCAUGUAA